AUGAAGGACUUGACUGCUGAUAAUAUCACGGAGUUGUUAAUAGCUAUUCGUCAUCUACAUGACUUUGCACACGAGACAAGAUUGAGUAUGGCACAAUGGGAAUAUGCAGUAGACUUCCUAGCUGCGUGUGGUCAGAAAUGCUUUCCAACGCGACAGUUUGUUCUACUGUCCGAUGCCAUUGGCCUCUCACUUCUCGUUGAUUCUAUUGAUCAUAUCAAGCCGGAAGGUGCAACUGAAGGCACAGUGCUCGGCCCUUUUCACAUCCACGAAGCACAUCACAUACGGUAUUCUAAUGCUAGUUCACUGCACUAUCAAAGAUCUCCACGUCAAACCAGUAGAGAACAUGGGUUUUACGACGUGCAAUACAGCAAUCGAGGAAAUCCGCACGGUCGUGCAGCGUUGAAAACUGACACAAAUGGUCAAGUCUGGUUCAAGGCUAUUGUCCUCAUUGCAUAUCCUGUUCCAACAGAUGACCCUGCUGGUAAUUUUUUGAGGGCCAUGGGGCGCCAUCCAUGCCGACCAGCCCACGUUCACUUCAUGUUUGACAGGCCAGGAUAUGAUCAUCUUAUCACAGCUCUCACAAUACGGGGUGAUCGAUUUGAGUCUCAUGACCCUGUCUUUGGAGUUAAGAAAUCGCUGAUUGUCGACAUCAAACAAGUCACUGCUGAGCCGAUGGCGAAAAAGUGCGGUUACCCAUUAGGCAUGAAGCUAUUAGAGCAUGAAUUUGUUGUAGUAACGAAUGCUGAAGCUACCAAACUCCGAAGGGAGAAAGCGCAAGAAAUUAUGGGAUGCGGAGGCAGAAAGGUUGACUUUUACAAUGACUUGCCAUUUCUGGCUGUUGACUGA